UAGAAAUGUAAGUAAUAAAGUUAUGGAUGAGAUGAGACCCAAAAGAAAAAAGAAGGAACUUGUGUGGUUCUUCUACUUGUCUCGUGAACCAACAGGGUCCUCCUUCUCUCUGUUUUGCAUUUACUUCUUCUAGUUUGCAGUUCACACUAACUUUUGGCCUGAAACUCAUAAAUAACAACUCCAGCCUUGGCGUUUUAGUGCUUUUAAUAUCUAUCUUCCCAUUUCAGAGCUUCCAGCAGAGUUGAAAGAAGACAAACAUAUGAAAAUUUAGAGAAGGAAAGAUAGUAAGAGGGUUCAUGUUAUUAUUUGUCAUUAAAUUCUUGUUUUAAAGGGGUGUUUUCUUCGAGUAUGGUUUGGUUUUUGUUUGUGUUAGUUUUGUUUCUGAACCUCAACUUCAGUGGCUUCUCUGAGCCUCUUCGGAAGAAGGCUCUUCCACCUCCUCCGGCUGUUCUUGUUGGCUCUGUUUUCUGUGACACUUGUUAUCAGCAAAAUCUCUCCAAGUUUGCCCAUUUCAUCCCAGGCGCCACAGUUGCUGUAGAAUGCAGAGACGAAAAAGCCUCCAAAACCAGUUUCCAGCAUCAAGUCAAAACAAACAAACAUGGCAAAUUCAGAGUAGUUUUGCCAUUCUCAAUGGCAAAACACAUGAAAAAAAUCGAAAGCUGUAAUGUAAGACUUAUCAAAAGCAGUGAACCCUUCUGCUCUGUAGCCUCCUCUGCAACUUCCCCUGCUCUCAAAUUGAAGAACUCAAAGAACAAAAAUGGCGUCCGAAUUUUCUCAGCUGGUUUCUUCACUUUCAAGCCCGCUUUCUGCAAUCAGAAGACCGACAUUUUCAAAUCCAAACAACUCAACAACCCUCAGCUUCUAUUCCCACCGAUUGUUCCACCCAACCCGCUGCAGCCGGAGAUUCCGAACCCGUUCCGGCCUCCGCCGUUUCUGCAGCCGGAGGAAACUUCUUCAGAACUGAAUCAGAGCCCAUGAUGAUGGAUGAUGGAUGAUUGGUUAAAGAUUGGAUUUUUUUUUUUUUUUUUUUUUGUUGGGGUAAUGAGUGAUCGUGUAGAGUACGUUAAAUAAGUUUGAUUAAGGAUUGAAGUUUGGUAAUAUUACUUAUUUGGAUUCAAAAUAAAAGUUUCAUAAUUUAGGCCA